UUGUUCUGUCAAAAGUGCAUGAGCGCUUUUGCCUCGUUACCACUAGUACAUCGAGAAAAAAAACGAUGGUAAAGACAUAUAGUUACCACGACGAUACUUUCGCUCUUUGUGUGGUCAGGUAAUAAUUUUCAAAAAAUCUCAAUAGUUUCGCAAGAUAGUCUAAAAAUUGUAUGCUCAAACGGUGGUAAAAAUAUCGCCGACAACAAUGGAAGACGAUUGGGAGCAAUUGAGUGAACGGGAGAAGGUGGUUCCUCCAAUAAAGAAAGCUGUCGUUAACAAGUGGGACGGCGAGGAUGAAGAAGAGGAAGUGAAAGACAGUUGGGAAGAUGAAGAUGAAUUGGAGGAAAAGAAGGAUGAAGAGAAAAUUGAGACUCCUAAGGCAAAACCGAAGAAAACAUUGCAGCAAAAGAUUGCCGACAAAGAGAAACUGAAGCAAGAAGAGCUAGCACGGCGGAAAGCAGAGCAGGAAGAAGAAAACUUAACCCCCGAACAGAAAUUAGCUGAGAAACUUCGACUUCAAAAGCUUCAGGAAGAAUCCGAUUUGAAAACCGCGUUGGAAACCUUUGGGGUAACCACACUAGCCGGUGGGAUCGAUGGAAUGCAUCCUACCACUAAGGAAGAAUUUGUUGAACUAGCCGAUGCCAUCACGAAAAAGCUCUCAAACUACAAAAGUGAUCCAGAGUACACUAACUUUCUCGAGGAUUUAGUCACAAAAAUAUUUGCUAGCUUACCAUCCGCCAAUAUUAGAAAAGUUAAAGGAAUUCUAGAUAAUCUGUUUCUAGAGAAACAGAAAUUGGAAAAAGGUGAUAAGCCCAAGAAAAGCAAAGGCGGUAAAAUUAAGGCUAGGUUACGAAUGGAUGGUGAAAAUACAAACUUCGAUGAAUAUCCUACUAAAUACGAUGACUACGAUGAGUUCGAUGACUUUAUGUAACAUUCGCUUUGAAGAACUACAUAGCCAAUGCAAAGUUUGUGGUGGAUUCAAUACCAUUCAGAAACAAUAGAAAUAGCUGAGAGUUUGAAAAAAGAACAGCAGGAAUUAUUUUUCAGUAAAAUCAAUUAUUAGAUAAUAUUGAUGCUCGAUCAAAAUUCAUUUUAUAUUUGUUACAUGUUCUAGUGCAUUCUAAUGCAACCAUAAAAAAAAAUUCAAAGUUUUCAAAUCAGUUAUCCUCAUGUAUGUUGACUCCUUUAACAGUAACAAACGUUAAUUAGAAACAAUACAAAAUUCAACAAUUGUAUUAUGGUGCAGUAGAAGCAGAAAAUGUAUGGAAAAAAAAUAAACAUUAUUACACACCGCCACCAACGCAGAAAACAAACGCAAAAUACGCUAAAGCUUUGUACGAUCGAAUCUUAAGAGGGUCCUUGUGUCCUAAUGUGUAAAUAAAAGAAAAUCUAUGAGUUCGUCGUUACAAGCAA